AUGGAUCUUUAUCCUUAUACAAAAGAAGUCAACGAGAAAAAACAAAAAUGGGACAAAAAUCCAUUUCGUAGUCGAGAUUUAGAUUUUUGUGAACUAAUAGACGAAGAAAAACAAUGGAAAGCAAAAAAUCGCGAAUUACGUUUGCAAAAACGAACGUGCGAGAAGAGUAAUGGUUAUGCUAAUAGACGAAAUCUAUGUCACGACCAAUUAAUUAAUGUUAGUAAAGAUGGACCAGAACGUACGGCUGAUCGCGAUAAUAAACAUUUAUCGGAUGUCGAUCGUUCAUGGAUAAUUGCUCAUACACAAAAUUGUCGAAGUGAUCACAAAAGUUUACAUGAAUAUAUUCGAAAAAAACAUGAAAUAUUUAGAUUACAAUAUAUUCUCAGUGUUAAACGAAACGAAAUAGAAAAAAUGGAACAACAUCUGCGAGAAGAAGAACGAGUCAUAACCGUAGCAGAGAAACAACUGAAUGAAGAUUCGGCUUUAUUCGAUCAAUUUCUCGAGUCUAGUGCGAGAUCAGCAAAUGCAGCAGCAAUGCAGGCAGAAGAAGAGACCCGAAAAAAGGAAGAACGUGUCAGUGAAAUAAAACGUUUACAAAAAACACUUAUCGCUGGAGAAAAUGAUAAAAUACAAUUAGCUGAUACACUGAAUCAAGGUAGACGAUAUCAAAAAUUUCUCUUCAAGUUUGCACCGACGGAAUAUGAUUUGUAUUUUACCGAUGCACAACAAGUAUUAGACAUAUUCAGUGAAAUCGAAGAAAAAAGUUUACCAUUAGUUCAAAAAACUCAGAACGCCGUUGAACAAUUGGACGAUAUGCGAGAAAAAAUUGAAGAAAUAAAUAAUGAGAAAACAUUAGAAAUUGAAAAUUUACAAAUGCAAAUACAACGGCUAGAAUUAGAAAUAAAGCAAAUGAUAGACCGAGAAAACGAAUGCAAUAAUCGAAUUAUGCAUUAUAAAAAAGGAGAACAAGAUAUUCUAUUAACAGAUUUAAAUGAUGGUGUCGAAGUUCUUUAUAAUAAACAUCUAGCAACAAGUGGAGAGGGUAUGUCAACGAUUCGAAUGCUAAGUGCAAUUGAAACAAGAUCAGAAGAAUUAUUUAGUACAAUUGAAAGAAUGAAUCAACAGAAAAUUGCUGAAGCAGAAAAAUUUCGUGAAAUUGAAGUGAGAACAGUUGAGCGUAUUGAAAAAAUGCAUCGUGAAGAAACAUUCGCCAAAGAAAAACGUCGAAAGGCGCUAGCACGAUCACUCUCGCCACCACACCCAAAAUCUGGGCGUCCUCUCAUGGAACGAAGUCGCCCACUGGAAGUUGCUAAUGCAGAUAAAGUAUCAGUAGAGUUUCAGGGUAUAUUUGGACGAAUGACUUUGCCUGUUGAGUACAUUAAACUAGAAAGAACGAGAUUAGAAAAUAGUGGUUUUUAUUAUUGUCACGGUGAAUAUCAUGACGGAAACAGCAGUAGAAAAACAUGGCAAUUCACACUCGACGUCCUAGCUUCUCCAAAGUUUCUUGAAAACUUAGCAUCAAAUUUAUCCAUUAAUUAUGGUGAACCAUUUGUUUAUAUCUGUAAAGGGCUCGGUAAUCCCUUGCCAAAAGUGAGCUGGUUAUUUAGAAAUAAAUAUCACGAUUUUCAGCCAAUAUCUGAUAAUCCAUUAUUGAGAAUAAUCUAUUUCGCUGAAUCUGAUGAGGGAAUUUAUAAAUGUAAAUUAGAAAACAAACUAGGUGAAAUUGAACAAGACAUGGAGGUCUUACUUAAACAUUCAUCAACAGGAUUUGCUGCUCCCAUGUUAAUCAGCGACUGGGAAUCACGUGUAGUUAUUUCUGAAAACAGUAGUUUUUCACGUCAAUGUCUAGUUAGUGGAUCACCCAAUAUGUCUGUGACUACUUGGUUUACCGAUAAAUUUGGUCAUAUAUUUAAAUUCAGAGCAAAUAAUCCACACGGCAUAGGCACAUGGACAUUUAUGUUGGAAGUCGUAGACGAUUAUUAUGGAAGAAGUUCAUUUAUCAAACGAGACGAAAGUCGAAAUGAACCAUCAUCCAUACGUUCAUCUUCUGUAGAUAAAAAUCAAAUGAUCGAUCGUAUUAGAUAUCAUCAAUUGGGUGUAGCAAAAACCAUAAUGACAAACAUGAAAAAUAUUAGUUAUAACCGUACAGAUAUUUACUGUGAAUAUAAUUUGCCAUCAUCUUACGAUUUACCAUGGGUUGUAGCCUAUUCUUUUCUGGCUGUUGUUGGCUUAUUCUAUACCAUACUUGGUUAUCGUUGGUGGCGAUUGACAAUGUUUAUAACUGCAUUUACUCUAUCAUCCCUACUGUUGUAUAUAAUUUUAUCAACUCAACAAAGUUUAAAUGAAGCACAAAUAAUUGGUAUAUCUUGUUCAAUAGCCGUUUUAUUUGGUCUAAUCGGUUCACUGUUACAGUAUGUUGGACUAUUUGAACAAGGUUUUUGUUUUGGUUUAAUAUUGUCUAUAGCAACAUUUAUCAUUUGGGAUCUUAGUCGUCAUAUAACUAAUUUUUGGAUACCUAUUAUUCUCAUUAUUGGCAUCGGCUCGAUAUGUGCAAUUAUAACAUUACGUUUUCAAAAAUUAAUGAUUAUUGUCACAUCAUCGUGUUUAGGAUCAGUAUGUCAUUUUAUUGUACUAGAUUAUUUUUUACAAAAUUCAUUAUUACUCAUUUAUAUACAUAAACGAUUUAAAUUUGAAGAUACAAGAUCUAUUUGUUUAAAGCAUUGGUUAGUAACAAUUGUUUUAGUGAUAACAACUGUUAUGGGUAUUUUAAUACAGUACAGUUGUACUGGACGAAAUUAUGAUCAUCGAGAUUCAUGGCAACAAAUAAUUAGUGCUGGUAAAAAACGAUAUAAAACAGCAAAUUUAAAGAAGAUUCGUCGACAUUAUGAUCAAAAUUCGGAUACAUUACGUGAACAAAUAAUUCCUAAUGAUUCACACGCACGUUUUCGUUAUUUUUAUCGUAUUCGACGUGCCAAUGGCGAUGUACUCUCACAGGAUUUUAUUCAAAAUGUGAGACAACAUGGUGCUAGUUCACGAUAUGAUAAUGUCAGUAAUCCAAGAACAAUAGCAAAUCCUAUUUCAACGUCUAUUUUGCCGACAACACAAACAACAGCAGCAGCAACAACAGCAACAACAACAACAACAGUCACAACAUCGAAUGGUGUACAGAAAAAAGAUAAUGAUUCAACGACGACAACAUUGACACAUUUAACUUAG